AGGGAGGCGGGCGCCGCGCGGCCGGGGGAAGAGCCGGGCCCAGGCCGAGCGGAGGAGCUCCGGCAGCGGCGGCGGCCUCCCUCUCUCCUCUGCUCUCUCUCCACCGCCGAGGCUGCUCCGAGGGAGCGAGCGCGCACGCAGCCAGGCAGCCAGGCUCCGCCAGCAACAAGUGCGGAGGCAGGCGAGGGAGGGCGAAGGCUGACGUCAGCGAGCGGAGUAUUAUGGUCUGGGCUGGGCUGGCCGCCGCUGCUGCCGCCGCCGCCGCCGCCGCUUUCCUGCUGCCCGCGGCCGAGUAAACAUGGAGCUCUCCGCCGUCGGCGAGAGGGUGUUCGCGGCCGAGGCCUUGCUGAAGAGACGCAUCCGCAAAGUAGGUGCCCUCGCGCGCACGGGAAGCGCCUGUCGGGGCUUUGUGCGCGCCGCCCCCGGGCCCGCAGGCCCCGCGCGAGGCCGCAGGCAGGCAGGCAGGCGGGCGAGCGGCGCUGGCCCGGCUGCUCCCCCCUGCCUUCUCCUUCUGAUGCAGCAGCAGCAGCAGCACUCCGGAGCCCCGCCGCUUCCUCCGGGCUGCUGCUCGCGUUGCGCACGGUGCCAGCGCCACCGCCAUCGAAAGCGGCUCCUGCGCCUCCUUCCUUUGCAUGCAUGCACCGUUCGGGCUGCUGCACGGAUCUUUCGCUGCACGCAUUCGCUGCAUGCAUGUUUGAUCACGUUUUUUGCAGCACGCCCCCUUUUUCAUGUAUGGAUUUCUCUCUCGCCCUUGCCGCUUGUAUGUGCAUUUUUGUGGCACGCUUUUGGCCACACACACAUACACACUGCACACACCCACACGCCUGACACAUGCUUUUGAGUACACCUUUGGUUUUUAUUACAAGCAUGGUUUUGAGGGUUGUAUUGCAUUCUUCUGGACCGCCCCCCUCCUUUUCCUGAAAUGCAUGCUAAUUUGUCUUCUCCUCUUGACAUCUGCAGGGUCGUAUGGAAUAUCUUGUGAAAUGGAAGGGCUGGUCUCAGAAGUAAGUAACUGUCAAAGGCAGUCCUUGAAGCGGAAUGUGUAUUUAGGAUGGUGUUGGCCUUGUUUUAUUUUGCAGUAAAAUUGAAUAUAGUGUUUUAAUGGAAAGAGGGAUAGACUGGACGAUCUUUUAAGUUACCAUCCACUCGUUCUGUUCUGGAAAAUAAGAACGCAUUAAAGAAACAACCCCUCACACCACCUCAUUUUGUUUUCCUUCUCCUUUGGCUAGAUACAGCACCUGGGAACCUGAGGAAAAUAUUCUAGAUGCGCGUCUGCUUGCAGCUUUUGAGGAAAGGUAUGCUCUUUAGGCAGGGGGAAUUACUUUUCACCCAUAUCACUGUGUUUUGGAGCAGUGCUAAUCUGAUGCUAUGAUCUUCUGUUUUUGUUUUUUUUUUAAAUCCUUUUUUCUUUUUAAAAACCUCAUUUAGGGAAAGAGAAAUGGAACUUUAUGGUCCUAAGAAACGAGGCCCCAAACCCAAAACGUUUUUGCUAAAGGUAAGAGGAAGUGUACAGGAUAAAGAGAGAGGUGUCUUCUGGCAAAUGACUACUUGUAACAGAAAUCACAUCAAAAAGCAGCAUUGCUAAUGAGGGAUGAUUCCAUUGCUGUGUUUAUAUCUAUAUGUGCGCCAGAGGGAAAAACAAACACUGUGAUAGCCUUAUAAGCUAAAUUUAUGAAGCUGCUGUGGCAAAGUAUUAGAUCAGUUCCUUUUUAUCUGUUCUUUUCUGUUUGCAGGCCCAGGCAAAAGCCAAAGCUAAGACCUAUGAAUUCCGUAGCGACUCUGCUAGGGGGAUCCGGGUGCCGUACCCAGGAAGGUCCCCCCAGGAGAUGGGUUCUACUUCCCGUGCUAGGGAAGGACUGAGGCAAAUCCCAUUGCCCCCUCAAAGCACCUCUGCCACUGCUACCACCAACACCUCCCGAGUGGAGACCAUCCAGGAAAACAGGAUUGGGGCAGAGGAAGACCGGUCUGAAGCAGCCUUUAAAAAGCGAGGCCCCAAGCCCAGGAAAGAGCUCUACAAAGACCUGCCUGAAUCGGCUGACGUGGCCUGCAAGCGGAAAUUGAUGGAGCCAGGGGACAAGGCCGUGGUCGAUUACCUAAAGGCCAGAAAACUGGAAGAGGCAUCUAACCCGGGCACAGCCAAAUUCAGUUCAGGACACAGUGUGAUCCAGUUAGCUCGGAGAAGGGAGCCUGAGUUACCCAGCGCUGUCUCCAGCCCCAGAGCAGAAGCUGGCAUUAAGCUGUGUGCACCUGAGGCCUACCCCCCCAGGCUAACAAAGCACAGGGCAGAUUUCCUGGAUCCGAAAGGGCAAAGUAGUUUGGACUUGGGCGCCCCUAAGAUCUUGCACAGCUCUGCGAGCCAAGGCGGCUUAUACCGAGAUGGUAUAGGGACCCAGGCUGGCAGGCCUUCUCUCAUUGCCCGCAUCCCUGUCUCCAGGAUCCUUGGUGACCCGGAAGAGGAAGCUUGGAGCCCAUCUCUCAACAACUUGGAGAAAGUGGUAGUGACUGAUGUGACGUCUAAUUUCUUGACAGUUACCAUUAAGGAGAGCAGCACAGACCAAGGGUUCUUCAAGGAAAAGCGAUGAAUUCCUUUUGAGAAGAGGAGGCAUCUAAAGGGUUUGGGGUAGAGGUUGUUGUCUGGUUCUGGAUUUUUGGUUUAUUGGACAGGAUUGGGGGAGGGGGGGGAAACACCUGUCCUUAACUCAUUCAUUUAGUCCCUCACCACCAAUUUCAAUUUUGGUUGGAAAAAUUAUCUCUAGAGUUAUAUUUUCUAUUAGAUGUAAAUAUGUUAUUUAAAGAAAAAUACAUAUAUAUAUCUAUAUACAUAUAUAUUUCAACUCUAAGUUGUUGGUUUUUUAUUUAAGGCUCUUGGAAAAGGACGGUAAAAAAAACAGAACUGAUGUAUGUCUUACUUCAGUUGCAAGAGCAGGUGUAGAUAGUGAAUGACCUUAUUAGCUAAUUAUAACAUAUUGAUUUCAUUUUUUCUGGUUUGUUUGUUUUCCUUUUUUUACCCUGUCCCUUCCCCCAAAGAAGAUGAGGGCAAAUAGGGGAUAUUAUAUUCACCUGGGGGGACGAAAAAGGUCUCCAGUUUCUUGAUUGUUAUAUUAUAAGGUGUUGCUUUGUACAAUCAAGUGUGCUGUAUACACAACUGUUCUAGCUGGGCAGCUGAAGUGAGCACUUGACUUUACAGUAUUGUCUUUCAUAUGUUUUGCUCCAGUUUUUUGGUUUUUUAAAAAAGUUGUUGCUAUAAAAUGUGUCAAUUAAAAAAACAAAAAACCGAAAGAUGUUUUAGCAAAGAAGUAUUAACUUGAAUGACCUUUUCUUGCAAGGGAAAAGGGGCUUUGUAUGUUUCAAGAUUCCGAAAAAGUGUAGCUGCUGUCAUGCACUUUAAAAUGACUUGUGGGGAGAAGGGGGUGGGGAGAAGUAACUGAGCUGAUAGUUUAGCUUAACUUGUUCUGGUCUUUCUUUCUUUCUUUCUUUCGUCCUUCCCUAGUCACUCCAAAAAAAGAAAAAUCUGUUUACAUUCCUUACAUGCCAGAAAAGUUGGGGAGGAAAGUAUCUCACUGCUCAUAUUUUAGGCAAUCCUGCUGUUACAUUGAAAGUAAACCUCCUCUCUCUUCCCCCCCAACUUCCCCACAAUUGACCUUCUUCCCUGGUUGUUAGAUGGGUCUUUAAAAAGGUGUGUUAGGGAAGAUCUUUAUCAUUCUCAGAAAUGUUAAGCCUCCAUUAUAGAGGCUGAGAAAGCAGCUCCUCUUUAAAAGACACUUAAUUAGGGGCACAGGAUCAGUUACAAAGCAAGCUGCCUGUUUAUAUGUGGCUUUCUUUCUCUUGUACUUUCUGGGAAGAAGUAUAUUCUGCUCCGCCCCCCCCCCCUUACCCCCAGUCCCACACGAGAUUCUUCUUCUUUCUGUGAUCAACAGUCAAAUAGUUAUUUUCACCUGCCAGUUUUAUGCUGAACAUAAACCCCUUUUUCCUGCUCCCUUGCAUAAAGCACUCUUGACAUUUGAAGAUUUGUAAAAUGCGUUGCUAUAUUCAGCUCCCUCCAGUUGUUGUUUUUUUCCGGGAAUGCAAAUUUGUUUCCUAACCCUGUGUUAGACCCUCCCACAUUAAGAGGGGAUGUGUGCAGAAUGGGAGGCUGGCUUUGCUCUCGUUUGUGUUUAGCAGGUGUUGUGGUGUCCCAAUAGAUAUUGAUUUAAGCAUCUCUUCUUGGUUCAAAAAGCACAAAUCUGUCUAGCAGUCUCUAAGGGCCUGGCGGCGGGGGGGGGGAGGUGAGUAGCCUUCUCUGUCUUUUCUCUGAAUGGCCUACUUGCUGGAACCUUUUAAAGCAUGCUCUAAUUUGGGGACGGCGCUGGGGAUGAAAGCACAUGUGGCAUAAUGAGACAUGGGGAGGAUGAAGGUUGGGUGUAAGAAGGAAGCACAAGGAGGGCUGUUUUCCUUCCCUGGUUUCAACUAGAAAUGUCUUGCUUCUUCACCUACCUUCUUGCUUCUGUUCAUUAUUUUGGAGGUUUCUUCCAACGAAACAAAUGUGGGGAUUUUCGUUGGGACUGUACCGAGGGAAGUAAGUCAGGUUCUUGUUUUCUGUCCCCUCCUUUCUAAAAUGAAGCCAAUAUUUCAAACUCAGUUCAAAAAAUUCAUGAAACAAACUACAGAUGCGUUCAGUUCUCCUACAUGGGGUGGGUGGGGAAUAUGUAUGUCAGCUUUUUGUAUGUUGACAAAGGUUUCCGUAGUCCUGCUACAGAGGCUGGAGGGUUUGGGGUUGGGGAAAGGGUAGUGGCCAGGAGGAAUGCCUCUUGGGUUGAAAAUAGAUCACAAAUGCGGUCCCUACCUCCUCAGGUGUCAAAGGUGGCUCUGUGCCACUGACGGACAUGUGUCUCUUGACGCAUGCCCAUGGGUAUAUAAAAGCUAAACAUACAUGUGGGUGUAUAUGUGUAUGUACAUAGUUACAUAUAUUGAAUGUAUGUGCGUGUGAGUUAUUUAAUUCUCUUUGUAAAAAAAAAAGGAAAAGAAAAUACAAAACCUAUAAUCAUGGAUCUGGCCUAACAAGUCUCAGAAGUGAAGCUUAAGUAGGUGUCUUCGGCCAGUGUUGAAUGUCUAAUACAGUACCUGCUUUUUAUGUGAACUGAAAUAUAUAUACGACUUUGUAAAUAGA